UUGAUUGUUUUUGUACAUAAUGUGGAAAGAACCAUCUCGGCUUCCAAUUACUUGUUUGGUCUUGGAAACUAUGACAUCACAGGGCCUGCUGCUGAUGUCAACAUGAUGGGAUACGCAAACUCAGGUCAGACUGCUUCUGGCGUUCACAUUCGAUUGAGAGCUCGCACAUUUAUUGUGGCGGAGCCACAAGGAAACCGUGUGGUGUUUGUAAAUCUCGACGCUUGCAUGGCUGAACAACUUGUAACAAUCAAAGUCCUUGAGAGGUUGAAGGCAAGGUAUGGGGAUUUAUAUACAGAGAAAAACGUUGCCAUUAGUGGUAUACAUACGCAUGCAGGCCCCGGUGGCUAUCUGCAGUACGUAGUGUAUAUUGUCACAUCUCUAGGAUUCGUACGCCAAUCCUUUGAUGCGUUAGUUGAUGGCAUUGAACAAAGCAUCAUGCGCGCGCAUGAAAACCUUCAUCCCGGAUCAGUAUACGUGAACAAAGGAGAGAUCUUAGACGCUGGUGUUAAUCGCAGUCCUAGCGCGUAUCUUAACAAUCCUGCAGCGGAACGUGCAAAGUAUAAGUAUGAUGUGGAUAAAGAAAUGACCCUUUUGAAGUUUGUAGAUGAUCAGUGGGGUCCAGUGGGUUCCUUCAACUGUUUUGCUACUCAUGGAACUUCAAUGAGCCGUACAAAUGAGUUGAUCAGCGGGGACAAUAAAGGAACUGCUGCACGCCUUAUGGAAGAUUGGUUUAAUCAGAAAAAAGAUGCAAGAACUGCUAAUGAAAACCGACGCAGAGUUUCUAAUAUUGUUCAGGGUGCUCAAGUAAACCACCAUGAGCUCCUGGAACUUGCAGCUUCUUUCGAGUCUGUUUCGGGUAAACCAGUAACCAAAUACUUGAGCAUAUCUGACACGUGGCAAGCAAUUAGUCAAUGUUGUUUGAAGAUUGUUUGCAGCAAAAGGCUGCAACCUUCAUAG